AUGGAGGCGGUGCGGGCUCAGCGGCUGCAGCCCGGGGUGGGUGCCGGACCCCGCGGGGCCCGGCCCGGCCUCACCGGGGCCCCCGCGGGGCUAGGACCGGCACCAGGAACGGCGUCGGGGCUGGGGCCGGGGCUCGGUCUGCCGCCGCCGCCGCCCCCGCUGGGUCUGCAGGGCCCCCCCGCGCCCCCCGGGACGGGGGCCGGGGCCGUGCCCGGGCCGCCUGCGGUUCUGCGGGAGGCGGUGGAGGCCGUGGUGCGGAGCUUCGCCAAACACACCCAGGGCUACGGCCGCGUGAACGUGGUGGAGGCGCUGCAGGAAUUCUGGCAGAUGAAGCAGUCGCGCGGGGCCGAGCUGCGCAACGGCGCCCUGGUACUCUACGAGAUGGUCCCGGCCGCCAGCCCCCCCUACGUCUGCUAUGUCACCCUGCCCGGCGGCAGCUGCUUCGGCAGCUUCCAGUUCUGUCCCACUAAGGCUGAGGCACGCCGGAGCGCAGCCAAGAUUGCGCUGAUGAAUUCCGUGUUCAACGAGCACCCUUCCCGCCGGAUCACUGACGACUUCAUCGAGAAGAGUGUCUCUGAGGCACUGGCAUCCUUCAACGGCAAUCGAGAAGAGGCAGAUAAUCCCAACACUGGGAUCGGGGCCUUCCGCUUCAUGCUGGAGUCCAACAAGGGAAAAUCUAUGCUGGAGUUCCAGGAGCUGAUGACGGUUUUCCAGCUGUUGCACUGGAACGGGAGCCUGAAGGCCAUGCGGGAGCGCCAGUGCUCACGCCAGGAAGUCCUGGCUCACUAUUCCCACCGUGCUCUGGACGAUGACAUCCGGAACCAGAUGGCCCUGGACUGGGUGAACCGGGAGCAGAACAUUCCGGGUGCACUUUCCCGGGAGCUGGCGGCCACGGAGCGGGAGCUGGAUGAGGCCCGGCUGGCUGGGAAGGAGCUGCGAUUCCAUAAGGAGAAGAAGGACAUCCUGUUGCUGGCAGCUGGCCAGCUGGGCUCAGCACACUCCUCCGGCUGCUGAAGCCCAGGAUCCCGCCCUGGGAUCCUUCCCAGUGCUCCCAACACCCUUUCCUGAGUCCCAGCCCGUUUGCACAUUUGAAAGAAAUUUAGGGAAAAAGCUCCUGAAUAGAUUUUAGCAGUUUCAUCCUGUUUUUUAGAGCUGGUCCUCAGUCUCCUCAUUCCCUAGAGAAUUUCUUAUUCCCUUGAGAACUCCUUAUUCCCUGGAAAUUCCUCAUUCCAUAUGGAUUUUUUUCUGUCCCUUAUUUUCAGGGUUCAAAUCACAGGUUUUGUCUUCUCUGCACUCCUCCAUUGUUACUGGAGCAGGUGGGAUUCCAUGGAAUCCAGUGUUUCCUCUGGAAAAGCCCGUUGGAUCCAAUGCCUGGCACCCCCUCCCUCCUGUAGCAGAAAGGGAUCAAUUAAACCUCUUUGAUAACCUCUUUAAUUAAAUCCAAAUGAAUGCCAACAAAUGCAAUAUCCAAAGGGAUUGAAAAGUGCAGUUUGGAAUUAAACCUGGGAUCAGCCUGCAGCAUUCCAGCCCCAAGCACAGCAGGAUCUGCAGUUCCCCCUGGAAUUGCCCCGUCUGUAGCCCAACAUUAGCAUUGGCCUUUUCAUGGAAACUUGGAAAAGUGGAGUUUGUGAAUGAGGCAGGGAUUUUCACUAAUCGUUCAAUAUCUCUUGUAUACAUCUCCAUAUGGAAUUUAGACUAUAUUUAGCUUUAAAAACCCCUUUUAUGACAUGGAAUUGUUCAAACAGCUCUAAGUUCACCCAAGAAAAUGUCAGUGUAUCCAUGGAAAUUUCAAUCUUACUCCCCUUUUCCCCAGCAGACUGGAAAUACAAGCUAAAUUCCAAGCCAGAAUUCCUUCUUUCACCCCAGUUUAGAGCUUUUCCCACUUCUUAUCAUCCUCUUAAACCCUUCGGAUUCCACUAUUCCCACCCUCCUUCUUCCCUCUACCUGACCACAGGAUAUUCCAUCAAUAAUCAUUGUUUUAAGAUAAAAUGGGAACAAUUCCAUUAUCUGUAGAUACCCCAUUUUUAUAUCCGCAUCCUAAUGAGCCUGUUUUGGGGGUUUAUAUAUUUUUUAUACUUUCUACAACCUAUUAACGUUUGAUGUGGCCGGAAAUGGGAUUUAAAAGGGAUAGGGGUGUGUGUGUGUGUGUGUGUAAUUUUCCUGAAAUAUUGGAAAAAAUUUGAUUUAGGAAUAACAUGGAGUUAAUCCCGCAAUUUAUACCCCUGAUUCCGCACGUAAGGGAAUCCCUGAAGCUCCUUCCAGCUCUUCCGGUGGCUUCUUUAUGCUCCAAGUAAACAGGUUCGGCAGGAUUUUGGCAGUUCCAUCGUGGUGGAAGAGAAAAAAAAAAAAAAAAAAAAGAAAGAAACCGGAUAUCCCAUAUAUCCCAUUGCCUGUGGGAUUGAGGUGCCAGUUUGGAGGCUCCGGAUCUCCUUGGAAGGUGUAAAAUUAAAUUCAAGUUUUCUUGGUAUGGAGAAAGUUGUGCUCCCUGUUGAGGCAGUGGAAUUAAGGAAAUCGGGCGGGAUAAACACUGCUGUGGAUUUUAUACAAUAAACCCAGCAAUUUUGGUUAA